AUGUCCUUCGAGGUGUCGAGCGUGAUCAGCCGCUCGAGUCCUUCGGGCCCCGCCAGCCGCACGCCCUCCCCGCCCCCGUUGGACACGCGCCGCUCGCCCGCCACCACCGUGGGCGUCUUAGCCGACACGCGCAGGGCAGCAGCGACGCCCGAAAUGUCCGCACCGAGCGCCAGUCCCCCCGCCAGGAGCUCCGACAGUGGCGCGAGUUCCCCCAAGACGUCGUCGCCGCCCUCUCACAAGUCCUUCAGCAUCUCCAGCAUCCUCAGCCGGGAUGACCCGAAGAAGGAGGUCUCGAGCGAGCCGCCCUUCGCCUUCAGCCACCAGCACGACGCCCUCGCAGCCAGCCACUUGCCCUCGAGCCCUAAGUGGCGCUGCCGGGGCUGCAACCUCGCCUCGCGGCCGGGCCCUGGCGCCCGAGCUGAGCGCCUCGAGUGCCGCUCAAACGUUGCUCAUGCAAACGCCUCAGUUCAUGCUGACGCUCGCCGAUAUCGGUUUCCCGAAGCCUGUAAACUAUUAGGUCUCAUGAGCCAAAUGACAGCCCUAGCGGCACGGCAUCCCCUGCUCUCCCUGUACCCAGACCUCGCCAACGUGCCCCCUACCUCACACAUGUCACCUCUGGCGGGUAUGGGCGUGCCCCUGCCCACAAAGACCCCCUGGUACCCACCGUGGGCAUUGCCACCCCUCGCUGCCCUCGCCUCCGUCAGGGAAAAGGAAGCAGGGUCUCCGCCCGCAGGCCCCGGAAGCCCCCUGAGCGAGGCGCCCGUCGAGGUGGUUCGCUCGCGCUCGCCCUCGCCCAUGCCCCGCUCGCCCUCGCCGCCGCCCUCGCCGCCCACGCCGUCAAGGGAAGACGCGCGGGCGGGCGAGUCGGAGGGCUCGGGCGGAGUGGCCAGCAGCGGCGCCACGACGGCCAGCGGCGGCGCCGACGACGCCGACGAGGACCGCAAGCGGCGGAAGAAGAAGACGCGGACGGUGUUCUCGCGGUCGCAGGUGUUCCAGCUGGAGAGCACCUUCGACAUGAAGCGCUACCUGUCGUCGUCGGAGCGCGCGGGGCUGGCGGCGUCGCUGCACCUGACGGAGACGCAGGUCAAGAUCUGGUUCCAGAACCGCCGCAACAAGUGGAAGCGGCAGCUGGCGGCCGAGCUGGAGGCCGCCAACAUGGCGCAUGCGGCGCAGCGCCUGGUCCGCGUGCCCAUCCUCUACCACGACGGCUCCACCUCGGGCGUGGAGGCCGCCCACACGCCGCCCGCGCCGCCCCCGACCUCCAGCUUGCCCCCGCAGCCCUCCCUGCCGCCCUACUCCCUCUACUACCCGCCCGUCUCCUCCAACUACACCACCACCGUGCAGGCGCCCACGCCCGUCAGACCCACGCUCUCGUCCCUCGUGUAG